AUGACCAACCUACCAUCGCUCGCAUCACUCGCCUCUCAGUCGCCAGAGACUCAGCUGCGAGUGCUGGACACUCUCUUCGAACCCUCGCCGGGGCUGCACCAACUGACGCUCCCUCUACUCGCGGAUCGUCAUUCACAAUGGCCCUCGUAUCCAGCCCUCAUCGAUGCCGUUGGACAUCGCAUCUCUGCGCUUCGGUCCCCCGCCGAACGCCAAGUCCUGUUUGGCAUUCUGGGUUCUCAUCCGCGACUUGGUCGCGCGCCGACCAACCCCGAGCAUCUCAGUGACUUGAGCAAGAAAGAACAGGCGCAAUUAAAUACGGGGGCUGAAGAACAAGCACAGAAACUGUUGGCGCUUAAUGCUGAAUACGAAGCCAAAUUUCCAGGGUUACGAUUUGUCACUUUUGUCAACGGACGCAGUCGGGAGGUGAUCAUGGAGGAAAUGCGUCAGCGUAUGGACCGGGCCGACAUGGAACUGGAAAUCCAAGAAACGAUUCAAGCCAUGUGUGACAUUGCCAAGGAUCGGGCCCGAAAGCUUCAAUCGCGCAUCUAA